AUGACCGAUCCGUUCGCCUACUCUUACCCUUACCCAUUGGAGGGGUACGAGAAUCUGGAGCCACUGUCCGACGAGCGCAACGAAGAUGGCAAAUCGCUCAAGAAUCCCCAGCACGGAGUUCUGAGCAAAGCAUACGAGGAAUUCCCCGAUCCUCUGAGCAAAGAUCGUCGCGGCGGCUUCGAUAUCCACAUCUAUUAUUUCCAGAACAAUCCCGACCAAGCAACCUACGCCAAAGCUCUCCAUGAGCGAAUCCGCCGCGAAUUCCCCGAACUCCGAAUCUACACAUUCUGGGACAAGCCCAUCGGCCCACACCCCGUCGCCAUGUUCGAGGUGAACCUCUUCACACCGGCGCAGUUCGGCGCCUUCGUCCCGUGGCUGGUGAUUAACCGCGGCCCAUUGAGUGCCCUUGUCCACCCGAAUACGGUUGAUGAGGGGGCACUGGAGGAUGAGCGGAAUCAUACGCAGCGGGCGACGUGGUUGGGGGAUCGGAUUCCGUUGGAUUUGAGGGUUUUUAAGUUGAUGAGGGCGAGGGAGGUUGAGGAGGAGGUGAAGCAGGGAAAGUUGUGA